AUGGUACAUAUCGAUGGUGAAGACACUAGCAAGCCUGUGAAAUCGAGAGAUGAGAAGAUAAAGUUUUGGGCUGCUUUAGAAAGCACGGUUCAUGAUGAGGGGUCCUCAUCUGACACUAAUAGAGUUAAUUCCAACCUUGUUAAGUUUUUGAAAAUGGCAACUGAUAACUACAAUGAAUUUAUAGUAACAGAACAGGACUUAUUUAGGAUGUGCCUAACCAUUGCAGAAUCUGAAUUAUUUACUAAGAAUACCAAAUUCUGUAUUAGCAAGCUACUUUCCCUCUUAAACAUUGAUUUAUUGGAGAUGAAUAUGAAGUUCAUCAUUGUUUACAUAUUACUGUAUGAAUGCAAAAGGAACGUUAACUCUUUGGUGACAAUGCUUGAGUUUCAAGGUUUUAAUGUUUUUUACAACACUCUUUACACUGCAUUUGCGUACAUUCAGAAAUAUGGAACUGAUAGAGGUAUAGCCGAGCAUGAGAUAACGAAUUCACAACUUGAAGAAUGGUCUGAUGUUGAUCAUAUAAUUCUCGAUGAGAUGAAAAAAAUAUCCACUGUUUUAAUGGAGAUCCUAUUCAUUAUAUUUAAAUAUGGUAAAUGCUCUGUUGCAAAUGUUCAACUGGUUGAUGAUUUCUUCACCUACUUCCUUAUCAAUUCGAUCAGAUCUGAUGUAACAGAUGACCUGUUCAACAAUGCACAGUUUAAGUUAGCUCUAGCGUUGAAUGAACAAUAUAUUGUCUUCUCAAAAAAAUUUGAAAUGGAAAAUAAAAUAUUCAAAUAUUUAUUAAACUCUUCUGUUUCUAAAAGGUUUGUGGAAUUACUUCUAUUGAAGUUUAAUCGAUUAAUGGACUCAUCCCUUCAGGUGAUGAUGUGCAAAGUCAUAUACUUGAUUGUGACAUCAACAGACAAUGAUGUUGCCAUGAACUACUUUUACCUUAAUGAUCUAAAUGUGUUGAUAGACGUAUUGAUAAGAGAAUUACAAAAUAUGAAUGGCAGAGAAGAGUAUUGGAGAGCUACUAUACUACGUGUUCUUUUGCCCUUAUUAAAAAACACCGAAUUGUGCAGAACUCAUUACCGAAAAGAUGAUUUAGUAGAACUACUCACAUACCUGUCAAAGCCAGAAAACAUAUGCGAUAAUGGCGUAAUUACACAGGAGCAAGAAGUAACUAUCCGUCUUGCAAAAAAAUGUCUAAAUGGUGUGGAAUGGUUGGAAAAUGACACUUCCGAUGAUGAUGCCAUUAGUUCUAAUAGUCUGGAGAGUUCUCAGUCAAGCGUUGAGUCGCUCUCAAAUAGUUUGGCUAAUCACAGCACCAACAAUCGGCCACGUUUAACUAGAGGUAGCCUUGAAUUAUCAGCAGAGUCUUUGACAAUGAGAAAAGAACGAGCUAAAGGUCCGCCUCCACCACCACCACCUCCAAGAUCCCGAAAAAAGUGCUAA